AUGGCCAAAUACCGCCACCACUCUGGGUACUUGGCAGAUGAUGAGGCAGGUCACACCACGUACGUGGCUCGGGUGCAGCCACCCAGAAAGCCACUAUUCCCGGAAAUGGGGUCAACCUCCAAGCUGGUUCACGAGCCACAUCCACCAUCCUUGUACGAGCCUUCAGGCAGUUCAGCCCUCCGGGGCCACCGCCGCAGCCCAUGGGGCACCCAGCCCUUUGGCAGCUUCCUGGAUUUCCUGACCGAGGGCCAAGUGCUGGACAGCCUUCAGACAGUGGUGGAGGAAGCCACGGAGCGCAUGGCAACUGUGAGGACAGAAGCUGGGGAGCCCCUGGUGGAGGUGCAGGAUCCAAUGGAGAUGCCUAGCAAGGGGCGGCCAAUGAGGGUACGGCCCAACCUCAGCACCGUACAUCGACACCGGACCCGGCCCAACCUCUGCACUGGGCACCUCAACAAUUACCCAUCCUGCUCCAGCUCGGCGCCCGACUCCCACAGCAGUCUUUUGGUCGGCGGGCGCGACCGUGACAGCGACCAGGAUGUCCGUGGAGUAGGCUCCCUACCCCCCAUGAAGGAUAGGCUGCUGCUGGAGAGGAACCUCAAGCGGCUGCUCAGGCUGGAGAACAAAGGGAAAAGCCAGAGCAAGCCCUCUUCACAGAGGUACUCUCUGCUGUGGGACUCGCUGGACAGUCAGGCCAGCAGCCAGUGGACUCUGGAGCAGCCCCUGUCUUGGUUCUCUGAAUUACUGGGUUCAGACUCAGGCACACCUGCAGCAUCGGAGUUAGGAACUGCCCAGCGAGAACUGGUCUUUCUCAAGCGGGAGUUCAACAAGGAAAUGAGGUCACUACAGAAUCAACCGGCCUCCUUCGACCUGCCAGGCUACUGCUCGGCCCGAGAGCCCCAUCGCACGCUAGACUUCUUGGCUGAGCAUCACCUCUUCCCUGCCCUGCAGCAUGUGGUUGGCCAGGCUGUAAAUAAGCUCAGUGGCGCCCGCCGCCAUGACGGCCGUCCUCUAUUCUUCCCCGCAGCCUGUGAGCCAAGCCCAGAGCCUGAGCCACCGCCCAGCUCCCAGCUGUCACCGGACUCCAUGCCAACUUCGCCUGAGGAAGACCCUGCCUACGGGGGAGAGUUCUAUGAGUUGUUCCCUACCGUAGCCUCCAACCUCAAGAUGGAUAGCAAAAAGAAUGUCAAAGGCAGAAUACGGAACAAAGUCAAGGAAGAGGGCUCUCCUGUGUCUGGCACCCAGGUGGCCACCAAACUCAGGCUCAAGAAUCCCCGUCUCAAGUUCUCUAGGAAGAAACGGCUAUCCUCCAUCUCAUCCAAGUCUACGGAGUCCCACUUCUCCUUCCCCUGGGAGGAGGAAUUUGUCAACUUCUUGGUGGAGCAGGCCACCUCCUUGCUCCUCUAUAAGUACAAGUUUGAGAGAAAUCUCAACAAGCAGCUGGGCUUCAUCUCCUUCCCAGUCACCGAGGUGCUCUUGGACCUUUUCCUGGGCUUCAAGAAGGUGGAGGGCUCUAGCAUUUGCUUGUCCUCAAAGAUCGACUGGACCUGCCUACUACGUAAGCUAGAGGAGACCAAGUGGACCCACCAGCCCUCCCAACAUACCUCCCAGCACAGCACCUCUCGCAUCUCCGAGUCACCCUACACACUGCCCAAGCCCAACACCAAUAAAGAUGAGGCCACUGUCCUCAACACAGAGCAGCUCAAUUCUCAGGAGCCUACUGCUGAGGAUGAGAAGAAUGAGGAGGAGCAUACCAGCCCGUCAGAGCUCAAGCUUUCCAUAUCUUCUAGCACUGGCACUGAUUUGAGCCCUACCAAGUCCAAGAAGGUGGUAUAUGUUGACAUCAGCGAGGGCAAUGAGGAGAAUGAGGAUGGGGAUAAGGACUCUUCUAGGGACAAGACUGAGCCUCUGGGGCUCCCUGAGCCUACAGUGCAAGAUGAGAUAAAGAGUUUCCUGAAAGUGAAUCAUAGUAUGCCCCUUAUGACUCCCCAUCUCACUCCCUAG